UCUGGAUCCCCGGUAGGGAUCAGGCUUGGAGCAGGAAGCUGGGAGGUGGCAAUGGAGGCUGUGGUACCCACCACAGGGGGACCCCAGCUGCUGCACUUAGGGUCGGGGGUCAUUGCACUGCUGGUGUUGAUUGUGGCCGUGUGCUCCCUGCCCUCUCUGAUGGAUUACUGGAGGCGAUGGUGGGUGCUGAAGCCGAUCCCGGGUGUCAGCCCCUGCUAUCCUAUUCUGGGAAACGCUCUGCUCUUGGAUAGGGAUGGAGAAGGAUUUUUUAAACAAUUACAGUUUUACGUUGAAGAGCUCAGGAGUUGGCCACUGUUCAAACUUUGGUUAGGACCAUUGCCUAUCAUGAUUUUGUAUCACCCUGAGAGUGUGGAAGUUAUUCUGAGCAGUUCAAAACAUAUAGAAAAAUCCUACCUGUACAAAUUCCUGCAGCCGUGGCUGGGCACUGGACUUCUGACAAGCACUGGAGACAAGUGGCGGUCACGGAGGAAGAUGAUAACUCCCACAUUCCACUUCACAAUCUUAACUGACUUUCUAGAGGUUAUGAAUGAACAAGGAAAUAUUUUAUUGGAGAAACUUGAAAAGCAUGUUGACAAAGAACCAUUUGAUGUCUUUCUAGACAUCACUCUGUGUACCCUUGAUAUCAUCUGUGAAACAGCAAUGGGCAGAAAUAUGGGUGCUCAGAACAAUAAGGAUUCUGAGUAUGUUCAUGCUAUCUACAGGAUGAGCGAUCUAAUCCAACGACGACAGAAGAGCCCUUGGAUUUGGCCUAAUUUUUUCUAUAUGCUGUUCAAGGAAGGACGAGAGCAUGAGAGGAACCUCAAGAUUCUUCACAAUUUUACAGAUAUGGUCAUUGCAGAAAAAGCUGCAGAAUAUGAAAACAACAGGCAAACAAAAUCUGACACUGAUGGCAACUUUGAAGAACGUGGUCCCAGAAAGAGAAAAGUUUUCCUGGACAUUCUGCUGAGUGCAACUGAUGAUGAAGGGAACAAUCUGAGUUACAAGGACAUACGUGAGGAAGUGGAUACUUUCAUGUUUGAGGGCCAUGAUACAACAGCAGCCGCAAUGAACUGGGUCCUGUACUUACUUGGACAUAAUCCUGAAGCCCAGACAAAGGUUCACAGAGAACUGGACGAAGUGUUUGGCAAUACUGAGCGUCCUGUUACAAUGGAUGAUUUGAAGAAGCUUCGAUACCUUGAGUGUGUUGUGAAGGAAACCCUUCGGCUCUUCCCUUCAGUUCCCAUGUUUGCCCGUGUCUUGAGAGAGGAUUGCUUUAUUAGAGGGUAUCAAGUACCAAAAGGCACAAAUGUUAUUGUCAUAACUUAUGCCCUGCAUAGAGACCCUGAGAUCUUCCCUGACCCAGGGGAGUUCAAGCCUGAGCGAUUCUUCCCUGAAAACUGUAAGGGGCGACACCCGUAUGCUUAUGUGCCCUUCUCAGCUGGUCCCAGAAACUGCAUUGGUCAGCGCUUUGCACUAGUGGAGGAGAAAACUCUUCUAGCCCUUAUCCUGCGGCGCUUUUGGGUGGACUCGUAUCAAAAGCCAGAAGAGCUUGGUCUAACGGGAGAACUGAUUCUUCGUCCAAAGAAUGGCAUCUGGAUUAAGCUGAAGACGAGGCCAAGUGCUGGAUCAAAAUGAAAGAAAAGUCAAGAUUUUAUUUUUUCCAAAAAAUGCAAGCUAUUUAGGCUGAAAUAUGCUAUUAAAUCGGGUGUUUUGAUGGCAGGCCAGCAAUUUGUUGAAAGUGAAGUUGUUACAGAUUGUUUCAUUAAAGAAGAUACUGUA